AUGAACUCCGAAACCACCACCCAAUCGGCUCCUACCGAGACGUACGACAGCGCCGUCUACUACUCGUCGAGCCCUCGCGUCCUGCCCACCGCCAACGACAUCACCACUCUGACGACGUUCGCCAGUUCGGCUCAGCCGGUUCUCGACUACGCCAACACCCAAUACGAUAUCUACAGGUCAGUGGGGAGCUGAGCCUUUCGGUGCUCUCCCAGUCGUCUGUCACUACCUACCACCGCCAUACUUGACAAAUUGCUUAUGGUGUCCUACAAACGACCAGAUGAACAUUUCUUUGUUCGCACUUGGGAGCAGGCGCCAGCGGUCUUUUUCAUGUAUCUGAUUUAUGGGUAAUGGAAGGAUAGGAACGGUUUUGAGUAGGGAUGGCAUAGGGAGAAGUACAAUUCAUGCGAAGUAAUGAGUCUCGGACUAAAUUGGGAAUGUUUACAUAGAAACUCCUAAUCCUCAAGUGCUCAAGUUUAUUCAUAGAGGGAGCUAUAAACAGAGAAAAGCAAAAUCAAGUUAGAAGUUCCACAAGACUUUGCUAAGAAAAAUCAGAGAGAAUUUUUGAGGAGCGGGACCUAUGAUCAGCCGACCUCCAGAAGUGAGCCGGGUGAAAUGAAGCCGCCCAACGGCACCUGAUAUAGUUGCAGCAAUUGCGCGCCAAACGCGCCGCAACUGACUUGUCUCAGCUGCUCCGAGCACCAACUGUGCCAGCAGAACUGAAACAAUUGGCGAUUUGCGUGUCCGCCUCUCCCGAACAUCUCUCCCAGUCUUCUCGUUUCCCGCAUUUCAACUUGUGACGCCGUGUACUAAAUGAGUUCGAUACCGUAAUACUUUAACACACAGAGAGUCUCUCUUCUUAACGGCAAUUUGAUGGAUUGAAUCGGCUCAUCGAGCCAAAGAGAUAAGCCACGUACCUAGGAGGGCAGGAGAGAAAGCGCGGUGGGUUGUUUUACAAAGCCUCCCGGGAGCAGCUGCUAGGUAUCUCUCUGCGUCUCUAGCUUCACCCACACUAUUUCAUAUCACAUCUUUUCCGAUGAUAUCCCGAGACGGGCGGCUUUCUCCACCAAUGAACUAAGAAACGUAGGAUUAGAAUCUCUUCUUUCAGAAACCCGUCGUACUACUUCCAACCGUACCCGCAGUCCGCCGCUUCGUCCUCCUUCUACCCGGACAUUGCCUCUUUCAAUGUGGCUUCCCGCACUCAGGACUUUGUCCCAGUGGCCACUGUCGUCGGAAGUGGCGGCGACGUGAAGCCGAUCAUUGUGAAGCAGGAGAAGGAGACGCCGUCCGCCACCGAGCUCAUCCUUCAGAGCCGUGAUGUUAUCCAGCAGCAGCAGCAGCAGAACGAGAACGGAAAUGAGCAGAGUGUGUCGGCGGGAGCGCCACGCCGAACCAAAUGUGAGAAUGUGCCCGAAGUUGGGAACCCAAAAAUUUUCAGUCGUUCUUUCAGUGGACAGAAGAAAGGCGGCGACAAUGAGAGAGCGUAGGCGGCUUCGCAAGGUGAACGAGGCGUUCGAGGUGGUCAAGCAAAGAACGUGUCCGAAUCCGAACCAGCGGCUGCCGAAGUCGAGAUUCUCAGAUCGGCCAUAG